AUGGAAACGUAUCAAGGGACUCCUUAUUUACAUGCAGUUUCUGAAGAUGAGCAGCCCAUGGUAUAUAUUUCAGGAAUGUCUGCCAAAGGAAACUUAAGAACAAGAUAUUUGCCAAAAUAUCAGAAAAGUGAACCUAACCUAACUGUGCCUGUAGCUGCUGCUUCUGUUUCUAUGGAUCCUGGUAAAAGCACUGGAGAUAUGACAGUGCCGCAGGUCACUAAUGAUGGAGGAAUGAAGAGUGCUUCUUUGAAGGAUUUAUGUCCUGAGGACAAGAGACGCAUUGCAAACUUAAUUAAAGAACUUGCCAGGGUAAGUGAAGAAAAGGAGGUGACAGAAGAGCGGCUGAAAGCUGAGCAGGAGUCAUUUGAGAAGAAGAUCAGGCAGCUAGAGGAGCAGAAUGAACUUAUCAUCAAGGAAAGGGAAGCUCUACAGCAACAGUACAGAGAAUGCCAGGAACUUCUGAGCCUGUAUCAGAAGUACCUAUCUGAGCAGCAGGAAAAGCUAUCACUCUCCCUCUCUGAACUCAGGGCUGCCAAGGAGAAGGAGCAGAAGGCAUCCUGUAAGAAGAGCUCAUGCCAGCAAUGGUGUUUGGAGCUAAAUGGUUCCUAUCUAGGUAUGAUACGACCACAAACUUCUUAUAAGAACAAUAGUGCAUCAAAGACCGGAAGCCCAGGCCAUGUUGCUUUGUCCCAACCUUGCAGAAAUAAUUUUGAUUAUGGGACUGAAAUCCAUCACAGCCAUCUGCCAUGUCUCAAGGAAUGUCAAGUGGACAACGGCUUGCAUAGGAAGUGUAACAAUAUGAUGUCCUCAAGCAAGCAAAUGAGCCCUCACCGUGUGAAACCAACCCAGCCCACAGAGCAGAAAGGAAACGAAUUGCAGAGCCCGUGCCCUCAGCACAAGAGUCACUGCUGCACCUUUAGGCAUAUAGGAAGCCCAGGUAAUGUCCAAGAGAGCCACCACGUCAGCCCGGUGCCUAGAAGACAUUCUGGACCAGUUCACGAUAUCUGUGAUUAUUCUAGGCUCUCUCAAGCUUCUGGGCAAAAUAGCAGCGCAUAUACUGAGUCUAAAGAAGCUUCCUCUAAAGAGGAAGCUAAAAGGCUCUCUGAAGAAAGAAAAAAGCAGCUUCUUUUGCAGAAAAUGGAGCUGGAAGUCGAAAAGGAGCGGCUCCAACAUUUGUUGGCGAAGCAAGAAGCAAAAUUACUGCUAAAACAACAGCAACUCCACCAGUCCCGUAUGGAUUAUAACAGGUUGAAAGGCCAAGAACUUGGUUUGGAAGAUGUUCCCAUUGGUGAAGCACCAGGAGAACUUGGUUUGAUGAUGAAUGGCACUGACGUGAGACUAAG